AUGACUAUCGUCGAAUUCUUGAACUUGUCCUCCGCAGACCUCCUCUCGCGAGAGACCCUCUCGGUGCUGCUACUCAGCACCAUCUCCCUCAUCGUACUCGCUCUGGGAUUGAACGACCACCGCGGCAGCAGGGCGAAGCUCCCGCCGCUGGUCAAGUACAAGGCACGUCCUCCUCGUGUUGCCCCAGGGGCGCAGAUGCUCAUCCCCCCCCUGUCCAUCGCGCAGUGGCCCAUCCUCGGAUCAACGUUUGACUUCCUGAAGGACCAGGCGGGAUUCACAUGUGCGGCGUACGAGAAGUACGGCUCUGUCUUUCGUGUGUACAUCCGCGGACACGUCCAGGCGGUCGUCGGAAAAGAACACGUCCGCGACAUCUUCCUCAACCCGGCGUUCAACUUCGAGGAAGCGGUGAAGGAUGAGUACAAUCUCGCAGAGAUGAUCGGGACGGCACAGACGCGGCUCGAACCUCACCGGCUGCUCGCGGCGAUCCUGACUCCGCACGUCGCGCGAUUCGUGCCCAUCCUCUCAGGCGUGCUCACGCGAGGCUUUGACGUCGGCGUCGGGGCGGACCUCGCCGCGCCGCGCCGGGUGGACAACCCGCCCGCGCUCGUCAUGGACGUGCUCGCGCGCGCGACGACAGUGUGUUUCUUUGGCGAGGAGCUGGGCACGAACGCCGAGCUGAUACCGGUGUACCAGGACUUUGCGUCGUCGAUCGGCCACUUUGUCGCGCGAAAGAGCCCCAUGCUCGCCCUGCUCCCGCGCGUGGCCAAGUUUUGGAUCUGGGUGAAGUUCAACUUCUACUCCCCCACAGCGGCAUACCGAGAAACGCUGCUAAAACACGCCAUGCCCAUCGUGCACGAGCGCCGUCGCCAGAUGGCAGAGCUGGGGGAGGAAUACGAGCGUCCGGUGGACUCCCUCCAAGCCUAUCUGAACACCGUGCCCCCCGACGAGCCGGUCGACGAGAUGGAGCUCGGCACGAUUAUGCUCGUGCUGAUCUUCUUCUCGAUCCACACGACGACCAAGCGCGCGAUCGUGUGCCUCUACAACCUCGCAAAGUACCCUCAAUUCAUCGAGGCGCUCCUCGAGGAGCAGGAGGACGUGCUCGGGCGCGACUGGGCGGACGGGAGCGUCGGGCUCGACCAGCUGCAGCGCCUCGUGAAGCUCGACAGCUUCAUCCGCGAGUGCCUGCGCACGAGCAACCGCAGCAUCGCGCUGCCGCACAAGAUCGUCGGCAUGGACGGGUGGGAGCUCCCAGGCGGGUACGUCCUCCCGAAAGGGACGGUCGUGAACAUCAACGCAGAGGACCUGUACUACGCCCCCGAGCUGCAGGGCCCGAACCCGCGCGAGUUCAACGCCUGGCGGUUCGUCGGCACGGACAAGGUCGCCUCGCGCAUCGGGCCGGAUAUGAUCGUCUUCGGGCUCGGCCGACACGCGUGCCCCGGACGCUUCUUCGCGGUGCACGAGCUGAAGCUGUUCGUGAGCCUCAUCCUGAAGCGCUACCGCGUCUCCUUCCCUCCUGGCGCAAAACCAGGCGACUCUGGCCCCCUCGUCUUCGCCCCCGUGGGUGCGGCGCCGUGA